CCAAUCACUUCAUACCAUAUCUAGCAAUCCCUCUCAUAUAUAGUAGUGAUCUCAUGGCCACUAAAUUCACCAUCCUCACUCAAACCCACCGCCCUAAAACCAUAAUUUCAACCCCAAAAUCUCGUCGAUGCAAUCGAAAAAAACCAAAACCAUCCAAAGCCAUAUGCGAAAACAUGUUGAACAACGUUUUUCCUCGCAAAACGCUAGCAGAAAUCUAUCAUAAUAACAUAAAUUUGCACCCUCAUACUAAUCUACUACUAUAUAUUGAAGAUGGUCAGUCCGUAAAAGAAGAGGAGACGAGUCAACAAGAACACGGGAAGGUCUCGAACUCCAACUGCAAUGAUGGUAAGUCGAUUACCGUGACGGAAUAUGGAGAUUUGAGACGUGAUGUAGCUCGAUUAAGCUUGUUGUGGUACAUGAAAUGUUCCAUAAGCUAUAUAUUAAGGAAGGCAAGAGCGUUUUACAAUGAGUUUUGUUGUGAUACUUAUGUUGAGAGUAGCAGCGAUAUGGUUGUGGUAGAUCCAUAUUUUUCAAUUCCGGUUAUUAAUUAAUAUAAAGCUCAAAUCUGCGUAAUACUAUUAAAAAAAAAAAAUCUACGUAAUACUUAUAAAUUGUAUUAUAAUUAAUAAAAUGUUUCAUUAGCUUUGUUGUGUUGUAAUGUAUGUGUUGUACGUCCACAUAUAUGUGUAAGUAGACGUCCAUGUAUGUAACUAAUGUUUUAGUUAUAUGAAUUCCGUGAAGUGAAUUAUGUUUCUAUGUACCUAUUAUCAUCAGAAAUGCACUUAAAAUCCCA